CGCGCGGCGCGGAGGUGGCGGCGGUCCGAGGUACCGGCUCCCAGCUUCAGAUCCCGGGCCGCGGCUGGGCUGCGCGGCCCGGGCUGCAGCGAGGCUGGGCGGCCCCUCGCGCCGUGCCGCCAGGCUGCCAUGCAGGGCCCGGGAGGGAACGUGAGCCGGGCGCUGCCAGGCGCGCCGGCCUCCACGGUGGCGUCCGGGGCGGGCCGCUGUGAAAGCGGCGCGCUCAUGCACAGCUUCGGCAUCUUCCUGCAGGGGCUGCUCGGCGUCGUGGCCUUCAGCACACUGAUGCUUAAACGCUUCAGAGAACCAAAGCAUGAAAGACGCCCAUGGAGGAUAUGGUUUUUAGACACUUCCAAACAAGCCAUAGGGAUGCUGUUCAUUCACUUUGCAAAUGUGUACCUAGCAGAUCUCACUGAAGAGGACCCUUGUUCACUGUACCUCAUCAACUUUCUUCUGGACGCCACUGUAGGCAUGCUUCUCAUUUAUGUGGGCGUACGUGCUGUCAGUGUCUUGGUGGAGUGGCAGCAGUGGGAAUCCCUGCGUUUUGGAGAAUAUGGAGACCCUCUGCAGUGUGGGGCCUGGGUGGGGCAGUGUGCCCUUUACAUCGUGAUCAUGAUCUUUGAAAAGUCUGUCGUCUUCAUCGUUCUGCUCAUACUCCAGUGGAAAAAGGUGGCCCUAUUGAAUCCAAUUGAAAACCCAGACCUGAAGCUGGCCAUCGUCAUGCUGAUAGUUCCCUUCUUUGUCAAUGCUUUCAUGUUCUGGGUAGUAGACAAUUUCCUCAUGAGAAAGGGGAAGACGAAAGCUAAACUAGAAGAAAGAGAAGCCAACCAGGACUCAAGGAAUGGGAGCAAGGUUCGCUACCGCAGGGCGGCAUCCCAUGAGGAGUCUGAGUCUGAGAUCCUGAUCUCGGCUGACGACGAAAUGGAGGAGUCUGAUGCCGAGGAGGACCUCCGCAGACUGACCCCCCACAAGCCUGUGAAGAAGAAGCACCGCUUUGGGCUGCCUGUUGGCAGCCCUGAAGACCCCAUCAAGAAGAAGCGCCCCCCUGUGAAGGAAGAAGACUUGAAGGGGGCCCGAGGGAACCUGGCCAAGAACCAGGAGAUCAAGUCUAAGACAUACCAGGUCAUGCGGGACUGUGAGCAAGCAGGCUCAGCUGCCCCAUCUGUGUUCAGCCGAAAUCGCACAGGUACCGAAACAGUCUUUGAGAAGCCCAAAGAGGGACCUGCCAAGAGCGUCUUUGGCUGAGAAGUGCACACUGCACCACUCCAAACACCAGGACACGGGAGCCUUUCCCACGAGCUUUUUUUUUUUUUUUUUAAUGCUGGAAGAUGCCUUUCCCCUGCUGCCUCCAGACUCCAGAUCAUCAUGACUCCCCACAACCCAGCCCUUCUUUCCCAGCACCUUGGAAACACCAAUAAAGAGGGUGGCUCCAACCUUGGGAAGGUGCCAGCUGGUCAGUGGCCAUGGCUACUAACUGCUGAGAAAGAGGAACUAUGGAGAUAUAAUACAUCCGGUGAAUAAUGUGUGUGCUUUCAGGGUGUUUGAGAUGUACUAGAAAAAGCCUUAGAUAUGGUUCAAACCUGAUGACUGUAGACCUCUCCCUCCCUCUCUCUCUCCCUCCCUCCCUCUCUCUCUCUCUC